UGUUUGUCUAAGCGGCAACCCGGAAAUGUGCUCGACAGACGUAGCUAUGCAUUUGAUCUAAAAAUGAUCUACUUCCGCUUGUUACGACUCAUGACACGCUGGCCGACCCUUGUCCGCGAAUACUCAAUGCUUCGAGAGGGCGGUGGCGAUGUAGUAUUCAACCAUUUAUCAGUAUCUAAAAAAGCAUAUGCCGUCCUCGAUGAACUGAAAUAUAUUAAUGACGACUGGGAGCAUGUCAUUGAUGACCAAGACUUGCUCAGGAGCGCGCCAUCUUAUCGACCAAACGAUCCACUUCCUCUAAUGUUCGAAGUAAAGGACACUAUGGCAGCAUUAGCUAUCUGUCACUACGCCAUGUUUAGUAUCAUAGUUUGUCGAAUCCUGUUAUCACUGCAGAUAAUGUCAUGCGAAACCGGGGAAACAGUCCAGUUGCAAGCAGGAAUCGUCAAUCAGUGCCACCGAAUCUGGAUGCUUAUCGAUCAUAGUCUAUGCCAUAAGCCUUUGGGACUGCCAGUUAUGCAAGGGGCAUUGAUUCUUACAUUUGAAACAGCAGUUGAUGAUGAUUUGAACAUGAAGCGAUAUAUCCUUGACGCUCUAAAUGAAUUGGAUGCUUACCGGGUAUUGGCCAAAGGGCCGUGGAAGGAGAACCAGGUGGUGUACAUUGCACGGUCCUUGCGUGGGGAGUGUCCUUUUGGAUGAGGCUUGUAAAUGGAUAUAUUAAUUGUCAUCCACCUAGAAAUGUCAAGUCAUGCACGUAUGUGAUAC